CUGCUGUCCAAGCCUGUCGAUGGGGAAUGUUUGUAUCUUUAUCUGGGGGUCACAGAAGAAGCAACAGAACUACCCGCUAGCAGAAAAGGCUGCUUUUGCUUUGGUCAGUACAACUCGUAAGCUGAGAGCUUAUUUUCAGUCUCAUCAGAUUGUUGUUUAUACUGAUUUCCCACUAAGGAAAAUAUUGCAGAAGCCAGAACUCUCUGGUCGGCUCAUCGGAUGGAGUGUCGAGUUGAAUGAGUAUGACCUCAAAUUUCAACCGCGCACGACUAUAAAAGGUCAAGCUAUGGCAGACUUCUUAGUAGAAUGCGCCCCGGCGACUGUGAAAGAAAAGGCACCUGAGUACCCAGUUUGGGUUUUGUACGUUGACGGAGCUGCUAAUGCCGACGGAUCGGGUGCUGGAGCUGUGUUACUGGGCCCUGAUGGCUUUAAAUCCGAGCAUGCGUUGAGGUUUAAGUUCCAAACAACCAAUAAUGCUGCAGAGUAUGAAGCCCUCAUUUAUGGAUUGAAGCUGGCGUUCGAGCUGAAGAUCGACAAAAUACCAAGAGCAGAUAACCACCGAGCUGACAAGCUGUCAAAGUUGGCCUCCUCGCGGGACUUUAACCCUCAGAGGUCAACCAUCGUUGAAGUGCUGGACGCCCCGAGCUACAUUGAUUUCACGGUCGAGUGUCAACUGCUAAGCACGGAUCCCUCUACACCGAGCUAGACUACCCCACUCAUAAAUUAUUUGCAAAGUG